AUGUUCAAAUUAGUUGCUACCAAAUCUCCAUUAGCCAAUCUUGCUUUACGUAACGCUGCUGUCAAAUCAGUUCGUGCACCAGCAGCCACUCAGUUUUAUCGUUUCUAUAGUACCCCUGCUGAGUACGAUGUUAUUGUCAUUGGUGGUGGUCCUGGUGGUUACCCCACUGCCAUUAAGGCUGCUCAAGAAGGACUCAAGGUUGCCUGUAUAGAAAAGCGUGGUGCCCUCGGUGGUACCUGUCUUAACGUAGGAUGUAUUCCCUCCAAAGCCAUGUUGAACAACUCUCACAUCUACCACCAAACAAAACACGGUCUUAAGAGCCGCGGUAUUGAAGUUUCUGACGUUCAACUUAAUUUACCUCAAAUGCACAAGGCGCGUGUGAAGGCUAUUACCGGCUUGACAAAGGGUGUUGAAUUCCUCUUCAAGAAAUAUGGUGUUGAUUACAUUAAGGGUACUGGCUCUUUCAAGACUGCUACUGAAAUUGCUGUCGCUGGCCUUGAUGGAAGCAACAGUACCUUGAAGGGUAAGAAUAUUGUCAUUGCCACAGGUUCUGAAGUCACUCCUAUUCCUGGUAUUGAAAUUGAUGAAAAGAAGAUUGUCUCCUCUACCGGUGCUCUUGAGUUGUCUGAAGUGCCCAAGAAGAUGGUCGUUAUUGGUGCUGGUGUCAUUGGUCUUGAAUUGGGUUCCGUCUGGUCUCGCUUGGGCGCUGAAGUCACUGUCGUUGAAUACUUAGACGCUAUUGGUGCUGGUAUGGACCCUGAAUUGGCUAAAAACUUCCACAAGUUAUUGUCCAGACAAGGUCUCAAGUUCAAGUUGAGCACCAAGGUCAACGGUGCUAAGGUUGAAGGUGACGUUGUCAAGGUGGAUGUCGAAGCUUCCAAGGGCGGUAAAGCUGAAACUCUCGAAGCCGAUACCGUUUUGGUGGCUAUCGGUCGUCGUCCUUAUACCAAGGGCCUUGGUUUAGAAAACGUAGGUGUUGAAGUGGAUAACCGUGGUCGUGUUGUCGUCGACUCUGAAUUCAAGACCAACGUAUCCAACAUUCGCUGUAUCGGAGAUGCCACAUUUGGUCCUAUGUUGGCUCACAAAGCUGAAGAUGAAGGUUUCGCUGUCUCGGAAAUGAUUGCUACUGGUCACGGUCAUGUGAAUUAUGAUGCCAUCCCCUCCGUCAUUUAUACACAUCCUGAAGUUGCUUGGGUAGGAAAGAACGAAGCUCAACUUAAAGAAGAAGGCGUCAAGUAUAAGACUGGUUCUUAUCCUUUCGUUGCCAACUCCCGUGCUCGUACAAAUGAUGAUACCGAUGGUUUAGUCAAGGUUAUCACAGAUGCUGAAACAGACCGUAUUUUAGGUGUGCAUAUCAUUGGUCCUAAUGCCGGUGAAAUGAUUGCUGAAGGUGUCCUUGCCAUGGAAUAUGGUGCUUCUGCAGAAGAUGUCGGUCGUACAUGCCAUGCUCAUCCUACUCUCUCCGAAGCUUUCCGCGAAGCAUGUUUGAUUGCUUCCUUCGGUAAAGCCAUCAACUUUUAG